AUGGCUCCACCAAAGAGACCUUUGAAGACUAUCGAGAAUAGCCACAUUACUCAUGAAGAGGUCGAGGCCAACGCGAAGAUCUCGGAUUUCGCACAACUAUCAUCUUACACUUGGGCCAUUCUGACGAUAUCACCACUUCUCCCCUCAGGCAGCAAGAUCUUCCCCGAAGAUGGCCUCGGAACGCCUCGUACAUGGUGUCCACCUCCAGGUAGCAUUAAACUCGGCCUGGCACCUAGCACAAGCUACCGCGAUCAUGAACACAGCCUUACUCUUGAGAAUGAAAUGGAUCCUGCUGUGAAUCGCAUUCAACUUCCAGACAAGUCGUUCGUCACCUCAGCCAUUGACAUCUUCGCAAGCGACCACACUCUUAAAAAUCUCAUCAAGUUUGUACAGGGCGAUGACACACCAUUCCAAGUGCUGGCUCAGAAGAUCAACAAGACUCUAUUCAUGGUCGAGAAGAGUUCAUCCGCAAAAACUCAGAUGGGUCUUACUCGUUCUCUUCGAGAGGCCUACACGAAGUGGCCAGAAAGUGUGAGAAAGUCAGCUUCCCACCAGCGCCUUGUUCAAUACAGCUUCAAAAGUCUCAAAUGUGUGGUUCGUUUCGAGGCUGAUGGCUGUCUCAGCCAGACGGAUCAUCUCAUGGCCACCGCUCUCAUCAGCGAUAUCUUCGUGCGUCCGCAGCCCGGUCCUCCAGUGCUGAAACUGAGCACACAAGCUUCGAGAUUGGGUUCCGCCGACAUCUUCUCAACCGAGCUCUCCAAGCCGCCCGAGGUCACAGAAGCCUUUUCUAUCCGAGCACCUACCGCGGGAUAUCACUGGUCUCAAGUCGAGGUUCUCGCUUCAGAUGUCCUCAGAAAAGAGGCCGAUAAGCAGCGAAAGAAAGAGGAGGAGGCCGAGAAGAAGGCUCUGGAGGUUGCCAGGAGCCGGAAGCAUAUCCCAAAACGUGUGUGGGAUGAAGCCUUCCGUUCACAGCCAGCGCUCGAGGCGUGGAAGCCCGACGCCCCGAGACAAUCAGAAACAUCUGCCAUCCUCCAGCACAACAACUUUCUCAAACAGCGCCCGGUAGCGAACUUCAGAGCCAUCACACGAGCCGAGCCUGUAGUCGCUCAAUACUACCUCGACAUGGCAGAGGGCGGAUUCAAACAAGCUCUCGAUCUUUACGCUGCUGCUCAGACUAACAAGGCUAGAGGGAGCUCCAUGAACGUGGCUCCUACCACGGAGCAGGAUGUUCUAGUUGAUCGAAUUACUGCUGCCGCAAGUGUUUCACCCGAAGAAGCCAAGAAAUACCUUUCUUACUGCCACAACGAUUACGAAAAGGCUCUACGUCUCCACGAAACAAAAACUAACUACCUUGACGGUGUUGUUCUGUCUCGUAGAACUGGUCGCCGUAUUCGUGCUCGCAAUCAUAAUCGCCCUGAGGAGACUUAUGAAGAUGAAGCCGUAUACCUCCGCGUCUUCGAAGAUGAAGAGAAGAACCGAAGAGUUGGACGACUUCAAGAGCAGGUUGCCAGAAGGGUCAAGUCAGCGAAGAUCGAUGACACGGUCCCUCAUUCUGCCCUAUUUGUCCUUCACUGCGCCCCCGAAAAGUCUGCCGAGAUUCCACUGAAGCUAUCUGAUGACGAAUCCAUUCGUCUUUGGAUAACUCGUGUCCCAAGUGUCAUCACCGCAUACCACGAUAGCCAAGCGAACGUUACCUCAAUCACUUACACAGACGUCCGCUCUCAAGUCCGCGACUGGGAAUGCCAAAAUCAGCAUGUGUUGGCAAGACUAUCCUCCCUACUGAAGGAAGUCAAGGAAUUUGUUGAUGGAGACCGCAAGGUUCUGUUGUGUGUCAAGGAAAAGGGCAGAAUGGAGGUACAUGAUGCAAGCGAAACUGACGAGGAUGUGCUUUCCCAGCCCAUACAAGACCUAUGGCACGAUCAGGACGGACAAGAGACAGACACAGAUGUUGGAGCAGACGAUAAUGAUGAUGUCGAACAUGAUGAUUAUGCUGGUGUCGAAGAUGAGCAUGAUGCAGACGAUGAUAAUGAAAGCCACGAUGAAGACGAUAUCGACAACGGAAACAACAGCAUGUUUGGAGAGGAUGACGACGAGGACCAGGAGGCCGAACUUCCUGCCGACCAAAACGAAAAAUUAGAGGAAGAGCAAGAAAAAUACGCCUCAGACGAAAGCUCCGAUUGGGAGCGCGAGUUCGACGACAGCGACGAAGACAAUGAUAACGAUCGAACCAGAGGUUCAGGCGAGAAGAGAUGA